UCCGCCGGUACUGGGUCGGCGUCCUCGGGAAGUGCUGGGCUGAGGCCACCGGGUCAGAGCCGCGUGCGUUCUCUGUGCUUUCCUGGAGAAAAUGGGCUCUCCCUGUCGGGGAGCCACUUCCCGUAGGCACAGCCGGCCCCGGGCUGAGCGAGCGUGUUCCCCACAGUGUCCCCGGCAACCAGGAAACAGCCCUGGGGCUGCCGCGCCCCCUGCGCUCUGCGCCAACGGGAGAGAAAACGAUGGCACCCGCUCUUCUGCCACAUCCGAGCCCUGUUUCUCCCUGUAUAAUGCUGCAUUUUUGUUUCAGAAAUCUGAGGCGCUGACCGAACUUUCAGGUUGGAUAUAAGAGAAAGCUUCAUCUCCAAAAUACUGGUGCUGCACUGGCAUAGCUGCCCAGGGAGGUGGUGGGGUCACUGUCCCUGAGGGUGUUCCAGAACCGUGGGGAUGUGGUGCUGAGGGACGUGGGCAGUCGCCAUGGUGGGGGUAGGUUGGCCUUGGCCUUGGGGAUCUUAGAGGUCUUUUCCAACAUGAAUGAUUCUGUGACUCCAUUAGUAAUUCCAGCAUGAUGCACACUCGCUGCGAUCGAAGCAGCUUUUUCUUCCAAGUCCCUACAUUGCACAAAAUACUAUCUAACUUUUCUCAGUCAAAAAUUAGUUCUAUUCCUGACUGCUUUCAUCCACGUAAAAUCUCACAAUGUUGGUCCAAAAAGCAAUUAAUUCUUGUUUGUGGGAGAAAUCUUACUUUGCAGGAACUUUGAACGCUGCACGGUACAAUGCCACUUUUGGCCCGAAAUUCGUGUUACAGAAGCAUUUCUUCUCACUGCUAGAGGAUCCGCAGUUACAAAAACGUCCUCAAGUGCCUCUCAGCAGCAUCGUGCUCUUCACAGAGCGGGCGGCUCCCGCAGUUCCCGAAGCAGCUCCAACAGCCGCGGAGAGCUCGUGCCCUCUAGCGGUCAGUACCGCUGUACCCGGCUCUGUACAGGGAGCUCCGCUGCACCGCAGUGGCCAAGGCUGAGAGCGGCGCCCGGUUUAUGUGCCUGAAGGAGGUUGGGGUGGCCUGUAGUAGGUGGAAAUAAAGCCAGGUUAAGAACCAGGACUGCCAUCAAUAUCUGAAGCUGUGGAUUAGAUGCAGGCAAUGUUACUUUUUCGCAACUCCAGAUCAGCCACCCUGGCAUCAUUUCUGGCAGCCUAUAAUUGGGCUAAUAAUCCAAACUGCAAAAUGGAGACAAAACACUAAGAAUACUAAAGUUCUGAAUUUUCUUUCUAAGGCCAAGCAGGUACAAGAUAUCAGAUAUGAAGCAGUGAAACUGCAGUGCGUUGGACUGUUGGAAGAUGUCCACCACAACUAAAUGGAAGAGCCAUUUCAUUUAAGAUUUUAAAGGAAACCAGAGAGACUUCUGAGAGCUGGCAAAACCCGCCCCCGAGCCUCUCUCCUCAACUGCGCUCACGCGCGACAGCACAUGCGCAGUGCGCCAGAUCGCGCGCUCCGGCGUCCUUCGUCUCGUGACACGAAGGGGUGGAGAAGUCGGUCACGUGAGGAGCUCGACCCAAGAUGGCCGCCUACCUGCAGUGGCGCCGCUUCGUCUUCUUCGACAGAGAGAUGGUGAAGGAGCCGCCGGGGUCGGAGGGGGUUGGUGGGAAGCCCUUCGUGCUGCCUCCGGGCAUCACGGUCUGCGACUCGGGCCGGGGAAGCCUCGUGUUUGGAGAUAUGGAAGGUCGGAUCUGGUUUUUGCCUCGCUCACUUCAGCUCAGUGGCUUCCAGGCUUACAAGUUAAGGGUAACACACCUGUACCAGCUGAAGCAGCACAGUAUCUUGGUUUCUGUCGGUGAGGAUGAAGAGGGCAUUAACCCACUGGUUAAAGUAUGGAAUCUGGAGAAACGAGACGGUGGCAAUCCUCUUUGCACACGAAUUUUCCCAGCGAUACCGGGUAACAAGCCCACAGUUGUGUCCUGUCUAACUGUCCAUGAGAAUCUUAAUUUCAUGGCUAUUGGUUUUGCAGAUGGGAGUGUUGUGCUUACAAAAGGAGACAUCACUCGAGACCGGCAUAGUAAGACCCAGAUCCUGCAUGAGGGCAGUUACCCGGUUACUGGUCUUGCUUUUCGACAGUCUGGCAAAACAACACAUCUGUUUGUGGUGACCACAGAGAACAUCCAGUCUUACCUGCUUUCUGUGAAAGACUAUUCUCAUCUGGAGUUGGACACUCAUGGCUGUGGAUUGCGCUGUUCUUCUCUGAGCGACCCCUCCCAGGACCUCCAAUUCAUCGUAGCAGGAAAUGAAUGUGUGUACCUUUAUCAACCAGAUGAACGAGGCCCCUGCUUUGCUUUCGAGGGACAAAAGCUGAUUGUUCACUGGUAUCGGGGAUACCUCAUCAUUGUCUCCAAGGACCGAAAGACUUCUCCAAAGUCGGAGUUUGCUGGGAGUGAGGCACAAAAUUCAGACAAACAAGUCCUGAAUAUCUACGACUUGUGCAACAAAUUCAUUGCAUACAGCUCGAUCUUUGACGAUGUAGUGGAUGUCUUAGCAGAGUGGGGUUCUUUGUAUGUUCUGACCAGAGAUGGGAAGAUUCAUGUACUGCAGGAGAAGGAUGCCCAAACCAAACUUGAGAUGCUCUUCAGAAAGAACUUAUUUGAAAUGGCCAUUAAUCUAGCCAAGAGUCACCACUUGGACAGCGAUGGCUUGUCAGAGAUUUUCCGGCAGUAUGGUGAUCAUCUCUAUAACAAGGGGAACCAUGAUGGAGCCAUCCAGCAAUAUAUCCGAACUAUAGGGAAGCUGGAACCAUCUUAUGUUAUUCGGAAAUUCCUAGAUGCUCAGCGCAUCCACAAUCUCACUGCUUAUCUGCAGACACUCCACCUGCAGUCUCUUGCCAAUGCAGACCAUACUACGCUUCUGCUGAACUGCUAUACUAAACUCAAAGAUAGCACCAAAUUGGAGGAGUUCAUUAAGGCUAGUGAGAGUGAGGUCCGCUUUGAUGUGGAAACAGCAAUCAAGGUGCUUCGUCAAGCGGGUUACUACUCCCACGCUGUGUACUUGGCAGAAAAGCACGCCCAUCACGAAUGGUACCUCAAAAUCCAGCUAGAGGACAUUAAGAACUAUCAAGAGGCUUUGCACUACAUUGGAAAACUGCCUUUUGAUCAAGCAGAGAGCAACAUGAAGCGGUAUGGUAAAAUCCUGAUGCACCAUGUCCCUAAAGAGACAACAGAACUACUGAAGAACCUUUGCACUGAUUACCAGCCAUCAGGAGACAAUGAAGGCUCUGGGAUGCUGGAAGGGAAAAAGGCAAAUUCUGAGGAGUUCAUUCCAAUCUUUGCAAACAACUCCCGAGAACUGAAGGCUUUUCUGGAGCACAUGACUGAGGUGCAGUCUGACUCUCCACAAGGUGUCUAUGAUACUUUAUUGGAACUUCAGCUCCAGAAUUGGGCUCAUGAAAUAGAUAAGCAGAUCAAGGAGAAGCUGCACAAUGAAGCACUCACUCUCCUGAAGAGUGGAAGGUUCAAAACAGUCUUUGAUAAGGCCUUGGUCUUAUGUCAGAUGCACAAUUUCAAGGAUGGUGUCCUCUACCUCUAUGAGCAGGGCAAACUUUUCCAACAGAUCAUGCACUACCACAUGCAGAACGAGCAGUACAAGAAAGUGAUCGAGGUGUGUGAGUUGUACGGGGACCAAGAGGCUUGUCUUUGGGAACAGGCUCUUGGCUACUUUGCACGGAAGGAGGAGGACUGCAAGGAGUAUAUUGCUGCAGUGCUGAAACACAUAGAGAACAAGAAUCUUAUGCCUCCACUUCUUGUUGUGCAGACACUGGCUCACAACUCCACAGCCACAUUGUCUGUGAUCAAGGAUUAUCUUGUCAACAAGCUGCAGAAGCAGAGCUACCAAAUAGAGCAAGAUGGGCAGAGAAUACAAAAAUACAGAGAAGAAACCACAAGGAUCCGUCAGGAGAUUGAAGAGCUAAAAGCAAGUCCCAAGAUCUUUCAGAAGACCAAGUGUAGCAUUUGCACCAGUGCCCUGGAGCUGCCCUCAGUCCAUUUCCUGUGUGGUCAUUCCUUCCACCAGCAUUGCUUUGAAAGCUACUCUGAGAGCGAUUCAGAAUGUCCUACUUGCUUGCCUGAAAAUCGCAAGGUGAUGGACAUGAUCCGAGCCCAGGAGCAGAAGAGAGAUCUGCAUGAUCAGUUUCAGCAUCAGCUUAAGUGCUCCAAUGAUGGCUUUUCCGUUGUCGCUGACUACUUUGGUCGAGGCGUUUUUAAUAAGCUCACCCUCAUCACAGAUUUGCCCUUGGGAAAGUCAGCUACGACCAUUGAGGCUGGCCUCCAGAGGGAGCUGCUCAUGCACAAUAAGCGCAGUACCUGAGCUGGGGACGUUGCACCGUGCGUCUUCUCGGGUUGUACGGGUUUACGGCGUGGGCGCGCGCUUUGCCCCCACAUCUCCUUUCGUCCUCCGAUAAUAAAUGGAACUGACUCGGC